AUGUCCCAACUCAAUAAGUAUUCAAUGGCCAACCCAUGGAGAGAAGAACACGAUCAGCAAUCACAAACCAAGAUUGAUGUGGCAGAGGAUGAACGUUACACAGAGAUCUCUCAGGCAGAGACUUCUUGCCCAGUCAACGACGAUGUUUCCGAACAAAUCACCAGUCGCAACACUUUUGACGAAAAUGUCAUCCGAUCACAUCCCUUCAAUACAGUAGGUCCUACAGGUGGCCCGGAAAGACUUACAAACGUCUUGGACAACUACACAUCAAAUGAAACAAAGGUUGGAUAUAAUCAAAGUGGCCCAGCCGAUGACGCCUUGGAACAAAUCACAAGUCCUGUGGCUUUUUAUGCAAAUACCAUCGAGUCACAUAACAAUGCGCCGAGUCCUACUGGGAAAGAUGAUGACGGAUAUAAUCAGAUGGACCCAGAAAACCCCGGCCAACCAAAAAACCCACCAGAGCUUUAUGAAAAAAAUGACCCAGGACACCCAGACUCUACGUUUCAGCCAGUCUAUGAGCAAUUGAACGAAACACAGUCCGCGCUUUAUCAACAGCUUCAAAGCAUUCUGGCUGAUCGACGCUUCCAAAGCCAGCAAGAUCAUUCACAACAAUCAUCGGAAAGCAACAUCCAGGCGAAUUACAAUCCUUCAAUCAUCACACCUGGCGCUCCUUCUCUUCCAAGCGCACGACAUCGAAUUUCCACCAUACCAUACCAUAUAUCACCCGAUCAUCACACAGCGAGGCUGGAUAUCUUAUCGAGAGAUGGUCACAGCUCGCGAAAAAGACCCCAGACAUUCAAUGAUGACGACGAACAGGAGCCUAAGCGUCGGUGUGGCAACGAAUCUUUUCCCCCUCAAGAGGCUCAGGCGCCUUCGGAAGGCCUCAAGACACGCACCAUACUAUCCCAACAGCGAAAGAUUGCCCCGCUGAAUCUGAAGUCAUCAUGCUCCGGAAGGCCUCGACUAGCAUCUCCUGGGCUAUUGCAAGACACAAUAUCCUACGCUCCGCGGUCCCACACCUCAAAUUCACGACGGUCUCGGUCACCACCCAUUGCGUCGACUUCACAAGCAGUGUUGAACCAUCCUCGGCGGUCUCGGUCACCACCCAUAGCAUCAACUUCACAAGCAUUAUUGACUCAUUCACGGCGGUCUUGGUCACCACCCAUCGCAUCAACUUCGCGAACAAGAAUACCUCGGCAUCCUGGAAACUCUAGUGGAGGUACUCAUACAUCUAGACAUUCAUCUGCUCCUCAUGAUAGCUUGCCUCCCCGCAAAUUCGGACACUACACUAUACCUGCUAGUCACGGAUCUUCUAUUAUGUCAAUUGAUUCAUCUUCAGAAGGGAACCUUACUUUACCAUCUCAAACACGUGGAUCUUCAAGGAUGUCAAUAGAUUCAAGCAGCACCCGUUCUAGAUAUGCUGGAGUGCGUCCUCGAUCUCGUGAGGAAGAUGAAAUGUCUUUGUGUUUGACAGAAGACCGACAUGGACGUCAAUUUACCCCACUUGAUACUCAGAAUGAAUUGCCAGAAGAUGAGUUUGAUUACAGCGACUUUGAAGACAACGAAUCAGAUGGUGAUUUCGAUCUUGCUGAGAGACAAAAGUACAAAGCCCGUGAAGCGAAAAGCCGGACUCAAAAAACAAAAGAAAGACAAGAAUCGACACGACUAGCCAAGCUUUCAAAGAAUACUCCAAAAUGUUCUCCUCACGAACCACUAACCAGAGCAAUUCAAGAUUACGUCAAGCUUCUUUUUGGGAUACCACGAAAAAGAAAGGGUAGAAAUUCUGAUUAUUUGCUUCCACCACCACCAUCUAAUCAAGAGUACCGUGAAUGGGAUCAACGCGAAGUCUUGCGGCAGGAAGUAGUUCAGCGAUCAAUCCUCGAAGCUCGUAAUCGCUACCGCCGAAAGAACCCACUUGCUACUACCUCCCAGCUUGCUAUUGUUGAAAAACUCGCCGCAGAAAAAGUUGUAUCAAAUGCUCAGCCUGUGGAAUUUGUCUCUCAAGUUGUGCUUCAAAACGGUCGAAUUGGAUACUCAACAUCUGUAGCUUAUACUUGUGAAAGAGUCUUGGCUCUUGCUGGGUUCCCUCGACUUGCGUAUGAUUGGCUGCAUUCUGCCAAGUCAAGCUGGAAUGAAAGUGUGCUGGCCAUUAUCUCCGAAGAAUGGGAAAAGUGUCAUAGGAGGGGAGCAGCCGAUGACUACGACAUCAAUAUCAAGCUGGUAACAUCCAAGAACAUUCGUCAAAUACUGGAGAGAUGGUUCAAUACGAAGUCCCGCGAAUACGUAUCCCAAUGUUCCGAUGAAAAAAGCGGUGCGGAUCCAGCAGAAGCAAAAGAAAAGCUUUGUAAAAAGGCCUCUCAGAAGCGGCUUCGCCGACAGGUUCUUGAAAUACAUUUCAAAGAGCACAGCGACCUCCGCAAUAUUUUGUCUCACCAAUCGGCACACUCCGAGGACGAAGUCGACUCUGAUGGUACCUUGUACAGGAUACCCAAGCUCUGGAGAUCCCAAGAUCUUGUUACCUUGCUCAAUGAGCUAGAUUCAUUGUGCAUCACCACCCAAAAGAAUGAUCAGGCUAAGACUACUGCCACCAAGGCGUUGCUACGUGGGUUGUAUGCCGAACCAGGAGAAGCCGACAUUCUUUCUCGACCUCCCCGAGGAUUUCCAAGAUCUUUGCUAGAUGAAGAAUUCAUGGAUACAUACGUUUCAAGAGCUGAAGUGGCCGCUCUUGAUCUAUCAGCUAAGGUAUUUGAUUUGACACCUCUGAUUGCACGUACUCGAUGGCUUCUUCGUCCAGCAGGACAGCCAUAG